AUGCAGAUAUACAAGAAGAAGUGGAUGAAAGCUUUUGAAGACACAGCAGCUCUUCAGAUUAUUAUCUUUGAAAUUCUAAUUCAUGGAGUCUCAACAGCAAUAGAUGUCACAAAUAUCAAAGAAAUGAAAGACAAAAUACAGUGGAACAAUUCAACAUUGGAAACUGCAAAUGUCAAGUACAUAAAAUGGCUUAAAAAGAAACUUGAAGAGAAAAAAGCAUCCACAUUGAUAGUGAAGUUUGAUAAUAGUGAGCAUGCAGAUAGUGCAAUCAUCAAGAAGAUUGCACUAGAAGCUCAGAUGUUUAUCUGUGAAUACUACAAUAGAAUCUGCAAGCUGAGACAAUGCUUCAAAUGUCAAAAGCAAGCCAAAUUUGUAGAUACUGUGCAGGAAGUCACAGCACUGUGA